CAAGGCAGGGUUCUUGGGAUACGUGUGACCCUUCUCAAUCUACUCCGCGAUUCCUCUGUCCCUUCCUAACUUCAAUGUACCUUAGCUUCCCCCUUAUUGCGCAUGUGUUAGUGUUACCAGUUACCACAGAAACUAGUAAGCAAUAGCAGUGACUAAGAGAGAGAGAGAUAAAAGUCUCAACUCUCAAGAAACCAAAAGCUCAUAAACAAAAUGAAGAACAACUCCAACUCCAACACCAAGCUCAUAUUCCUCCACCCUUCUCUUCACAAACAAACACCUUUGUCAACCAAUGCCACUGCCACAUCAUCACUCUUCUCCUCUCACCGCCUGUGGCUCUUCUUUUUUCUUCUCUUCUCCACCCUACUCUUCACCUGGACCCUCCUCACCACCGCCGUCUCCUCCACCGCCUCCGUCGCGUCCUCCGCCCCGUCCUCCUCUCUCCCGCCCUCCGUCGCCAAAGCCCUCCUCCACUACGCCGCCGCCUCCAACGCCACCGCCAAACCCAUGUCCCCAGCCGAGACCGCCGCCGUCUCCGCCGCCGUCCUCCUCUCCCCCCGCCCCAACUUCCUGAUCUUCGGCCUCACGCACGAGUCACUCCUCUGGGCCGCACUGAAUCACCGCGGGCGCACCGUGUUCCUCGACGAAAACGAGUACGCCAUCUCGAAGUUCGAGAGUUCCAACCCCGGCGUCGAAGCAUACGACGUGCAGUUCACCACCAAAGUCAGCGAGUACCCCAAGCUCCUGGCCCAGGCCCGGGCCCAGGCCCAAGGCGACUGCAGGCCCGUCCAGAACCUCUUGUUCUCCGAAUGCAGACUCGCCAUCAAUGACCUGCCCAACCACUUAUAUCAAGUCCCGUGGGACGUCAUUCUCGUCGACGGGCCCAGGGGGUACUCUCCGGCGGCUCCCGGGAGGAUGGCGGCGAUAUUCACGGCGGCGGUGCUCGCCCGGAGCAAGAAGGCCGGCGAGACCCACGUGUUCGUGCACGAUGUCGAGAGAGAGGUGGAGAUGGUUUUCAGCGAUGAGUUUCUUUGCCGAGAGAAUUUGGUUGACUCGGUGGACUCGUUGGCCCACUUUGUGGUGGCGAGUCAAGCUCGCCACCGGAAGAAGGCUGUGUUUUGCAAGAAUCCGAGGUCCUCGUUUUCCUCGUUGCCGUCGUCGAAGGCUGUCGGCGAUGAAGAGGACUAGGAUUAUUCUCGGAUUCUGGAGAAUCUUUAAAAUGAUUUUUUUUUUUUAAUAGAAAGGAAAGUGUAAUUUAAUUUGGCGUUAAAGUUGGUGUCCUGCUUUUCUCCCCCAAAAAAGGGGUGAGAUAUGAAAAUGGUUUUAUUUUAAUUAA